AUGGCCAGAUUCGUUUCUUUGCUGUUUUUUCUCAGUCUGAACUUGUGCUGCUGCAGAUCCCAGAGCCAGGGAAGCAAAAUGAGUGUGAGGCUCCGCAACGGCGGCAGCCCCCUCGCCCUGGGAGCCAGAGUGGAGCUGGAGUGUCUGAUCUCAGACCACAACCUGUCCAACAGCGGCGUGUCCUGGAUGCGCCAGCACAGGGAUUCUGCCUUCCAGUUCAUCUUGUUCAUUUCCUCCCUCAACCGGGUGGCAUCAACAGAGAAUGGAAAACCACCCGCACGCUUUGAGGCAAAAAGAGAAUCCAGCAUCUACAGACUGACCGUGAAGUCCUUCCAGGAGCAGGACCAGGGCAGUUAUUAUUGCAUCGUCAAACACAACCAGCGGCUGCACUUCAGCUCCGGGAUCCCACUCCACCUGCCAGCAAAAGCCCCAAAGAAAGGGCUGGAUUUAUCCUGUGACUUUUCCAUCUGGGUCCCCUUAGCGAGCGUCUGCCUCCUCCUCCUCAUUGCCCUGCUGGCCACCAUCACGAUGUGUCAAAAAACCAGAAGACGAAGAUGCAAAUGUAAAAGGCCUAUGAAUAGGAGCAAUGGAAAACCUAGCAUGCCAAACAGAUACGUGUAAUGUGACUGAGCCAUUUGCAUCUGGAUCUCCAAACGAGAGCUGUCUCUGCAUAAACAAACCCUACGUCCAUUUCCAUUACUCAUUCUGGUCCUCACUUUAUUUUUUAAAUUGUUCUUGUACUUUCUAUUCUGUUAAUUUUUAAAAGGCAAACUGUUCAAAAAGAGCAUAUAGAUAAUGCUGGACACCAGCCACUUCCUACAUCAAUUCUAUU